GUUCUUCAAGUGUACCAAAGGGCUGGCACCAUGAAACUCAUGACUCACAAUUUCCUAUCUUCAAAAUUUUUGAAGGGUGUUGUUAAUGGCUAUCCUCUGCUUCUCUCUGCAACUAAAACUGAGGUACGAAUCAAGGAGUUUGAUUAUAAUGAACAGUUUGUGAAAAAAAUCGUCCCAAGAUUGGAUUACGGAGUUUUAAGACUGGCAGCAGAAAGUGUCGGAGAAGCAGAAGGACUUCCACCUCAAAUUAAUGACGGAUGGGAAAACGAUGAAGAGUUCUUAAGAAAGCUCCACCGUAUACUGGUGUCUGUUGAAGUUGUUGAAGGUGAACUUAAAUGCCCAGAAAGUGGAAGAGUUUUCCCAAUCCGAGAAGGAAUACCUAAUAUGUUGGUAAAUGAAAAUGAACUUGAGUAG